AUGGACGGCACAAAUUAUAAAGACAACGAUUUGAACAGUCAUAAUUCAAGCCAUAUAAACUCUGGCGAAAGUUCUAACUCUGUAACCAGUUUGGCAAGUAACAACACGAACGAUACAAAUGAAUAUCACGACGGCGCUAACGGAACAAGGCAGCACCAGCAUCAUAAGAAUAAUAUAACCAUCCGUCAUAACCAUCCACACCAUGAGAACGGAUAUCAAUUACAUGGAUUUCAUCCAGAUGAACAAUAUCAUGAUGAAUAUAAUAAUAGUCACAAUUCUAGUGGUACAUCAACCAAUUCUGAAAAUAAAAAUACCACUUCACUAUCAACAAAAAAACCAAAUCAUGCAAAAUCAUCUCAAAAUAUUGUAUUUAUUCAUAAGUUGUACAAUAUUCUUGAAAAUAAAGAAUUGAAACAUCUAAUUUGGUGGUCUGAUAAUGGGAAAUCAUUUUUCAUAAAACCGAAUGAAAAGUUUAGUAAAGCUCUGGCCAUAUAUUUUAAACAUACAAAUAUUACAAGUUUUGUGAGACAACUAAAUAUUUAUGGCUUUCAUAAAGUGACAAAUCUAAAUGAAUCAAACACAACAAUGGCAGAAAAAGAAAGGGAAAAACCACACGAUUCAACUGAUGAAAACGAUUCUUCUACCAUUAAGAUAUGGGAGUUUAAGCAUAGUGCAGGAAUAUUUAAGAAAGGGGAUCCCGAGAGUCUCAAACUUAUAAAGAGAAGGUCAAGUUCACGUAAUAGUUCGACUACAGGGAAAAAAAGACUAAACUUUUUAGGAAAUCAUCAUGGACUGAAUAAUAACAUUCCUGCAAGCCAUAGUAAUCCCUCUUUUGAAACUGAAAAUAUCAGUCAAGCACAUAUCAAUCCUUCAUUAUCAGCGGAACAACUAACCGUUUUAAGAUCACAUUCUUCCUUCUCCCCUUAUUCUUCAAAUGAUAAUAUUAUUAAUUUGCAAAAUUCGUAUAGUACUGCCCCACCAGGGUUAAUACCGAAUUCGCAACAUAUGCCUCCCCAGAAUAUACAGCCAAUAGACGGACAAGUUGUAACACAAAGCAUCCUAAAUACAACCAACGAGUUUAUGAUAGACCAAUUUCAUUCCCUUAAUAAUGAUAUGAUACAAGUAUUAAACGUAUUACAAAAUUUUAUCACUUUACAAAAUUCUGUAACUAUUCAUGAUAAUCCAACGCCUACGACAACCGAAAAUUUUCAAAACCAAUACAACAUAUUAUAUCAUAAUAUUUCAAACUUGAAGUCGGAUCUAGUAAAUAAAUACCAAACAAUAACUACUACAUUUUACGAGCAACAACAACAACCAUAUUUGGUUCAACCAUCACUACAUCCGAAUAUGCAAAACCCACCAGUACCCAUAGCAGUUCAUCAAUUAUCUUAUCAAUCACAACCACCCCCUAUAACAAACAAUAAUUUUGCUCCUCAAUCAAGGUCAUUACUUAACCCAACAACAACAGCAUCAUCUUUAACACAUCCAUCGAACGAAUCAAUGGGAGCACGUUUUUAUCCCGACCCAAGGUCAGUAAAUUUGCCAAAUACUCAUGAACAUAGUAAAGAGUAUCACACAAUGACAAAUUCUAAUGCGACUUCAGAUACAUCUAUUAGUCUCGUUCCUACUAGCGUGAUAUCGUCACAAUAUUCGCAGGUCCUACCUGUUCUCCCUAUCAGCGUACCUGUAAUGAAUCCAAUAAAUGAACACCAUAAAGAAAAUAUUCAAAUUGUAACUAAUCCAGUUGGAAUCACGAACGGCGUCAUAAAAAACCAGAACCCAUCAAGUAACAUGCUUCCUGCUAUUGGAAACAGCAAUCAACGUUCCAUACAUCAGUCAGUCUCUACGAACAAUAAAACACAUUCAGAUACUCAAAUUCGAUCUACGCAAAUUGGGUCUACCGAAAAUUCUAAUAUUUCCACUUCACUGUCGACUUCAACCGGUAAAUUGGCUACAGCCACACCUGUCCAAAUGAAAGUCAAUAUACAACCAUAUCAACCAGUGGAAAAGAUUCCAGAAACUUUCGUUAAACAAGAAAAAACCUUUCUUCAGAGUACUCUUCCACAUGUUGGAAAAACUCUCACAGAGGAGAGUUCCCAAAUUAAGAACAGUAAAGUAUAUUCUUUACUAAAUAAUACCACAUCAAGUAGUAAGAUAGAUGAAGAUGACCACGUAGAAAAAAGGCCUAAACUAUAA